AUGUAUCGGGAUCGAGGUGGGGUGUCGAAGUCCGAGAUUCGGUCUCUUGAUCGGAAGCGUAUAAAUGAUACCCUGGACAAGCACCUCGAGAGAUCAUCCCCAUCCACCUCAAAGGUGACGUUAGGGACGAGCAGUAAGGACAGGGACCGACUCUCUGUUCCGUCCACCUCCGCGGGGAAGCUGUCUGACCAACGGCCGAAGAAUAAGUGCUCUGGUUUGUGUUAUUACUCAUGCUGGACUUGAUUCUGCUUAUUGAGGCUUUAUGCUUGUUUCUGGCACUUUUUCAGUAAAUUGAACACCGCAUAAUUCAACAAAACUGGGGUCAGGUUUCGUUAUUUGUGGUACUACAGUUAAUGCAUAUUAGAACCCUAGAUUUUGGAAUGCCCAUUGCCAGAAAAUUGCAGUGUUGGUGCAGUUAAUGCAUAUCGAAACCCUAAACGUUGCUUUCCCAUGUCAAUUUUUUUCAGUUAUUUCAUAUUCUUGUUCUCUACAGUGGUGUUUACCAGUGAAGCGAAUCCACCAAUGAAGUACAACUUUACCUGGUGCCUGCAGACAACCAAAUGAUCUUUACGUUUUAUUUUUUGUUAUCUUUACACUUCUGUUUAAUUUACGCUGAAAGAUGCAUGUGACCGUGAAUGAGCAAGAACCAUGGCUAAAAGGCAACCUGUUUUUUUGUGGACUUAUAAUGCAGGUCUUCUCAUUUAUGGUUUUCUUUCAGACGAGGCAUCUCACUUGUAACUGUGCCUCAAACGUAGCACCUCUACGAAUUAUUUUGCUAGAUUGGUGGCCAUGAAAUCGAAAAAAGUUCGUUUUGGUUUCUGGUCUACAUAGCACAAUUCAUGUAUGGAUGUGUCCCUCUAUUUAUGAAUGCUAGCCAUAGCUUCCUCGAAACAACUAUACUCUAGAUUUUACCCUUCAGGUUAUAUUGCCGUUUGUGAAAAAAAAAUUUACUUGGAAUAUUUAAUGACCUUCUGCUUUAACACCGCUACAUAUCUUUUUUUUUAAAUGAUACCAAUGGGCAGGGAUCUGCUCUUGAGAAUGGUGGGGCGGGGGUCGGCUGUAGGAUUUUUUCUUUCUUUCUUUUUUCUGGGUGGGGGAAGGAUGUGUUGCAGCCUGCUUGAGGGUAGAGUUUGGUUUGGGGGAGCUUGAACCAGAGAUGGACGAUCGAGGCAGUUAGCAGGGAGUGAGAGAGAAAUGUGGAUGGAUAGUAGCCACCUGCCAUAGGAGAACUGUUGAGGUGUCAGGGAGCUGUGCUGGUGAAGGAUUUGGGCUCUGGGGCUCCACAGUGGUGGGAGGAGCGAUGAAGAGAAGAGGUUUGGGGGGGGGGGGGCAGCUGUAUAGUGAAGGACAGGGGGCGUGGGUACAUGUAGAGCAGGAUGCCACAUGUAUACGAUAAGGCCUGGUUGGAGUUAUGGAAGAUAAAAACAUGCUAAGUAGGGAUGUUAUUGUCAUUUUAGGGUAUAACUGUGGUUAAUGUGAAGUCAUGCUUCAAAUUAAUUGUGAAGUUAUUAAUGGAACGAGUUGGCAAACGGAUCGUGAGUUUGGAAAAGAAUUAUGCAGAAGAUAUACAGAAAGGAGAAACCUUUGGCCUAUUCACGCUAGAUGAGCAGAUUGAGAUGGAAUCUUUUAUCCAGAGGAAAGUGAAUAGAAUCCACAAUUGCAGAAAGUUUUAAUGCAGGUUACCGUUUUGGGGAGUUGAGGGCUAGUUAAUUGGAUACUUUGUGAUUAUGUUCACUGAAGAUGGAAGAACAGUUUGAUGACAGAAUCUAGCCUAGUGCUAAUUCUUCUGCUCAAUGUCAAGGAUUCACGUAUCUGCGGAACAUCAGUUCAGAGAGACGGUUUCCUAGCUUCCAUUCAUGGUAACGUGAUAACGCCUUUAACGCUAAUAAUGAUUACAUGAAGGAAGCGUGUGUUUUGCUUCUGUAAGAAGAUGUAUUGCUGACGGAGCAUGUUUGGCAAUGGACCAUAUUAAGGUUAGGCUUUUAAGAAAAUGGUUUCUGAAAUGGACAUUGUUAUAGGAGAGUAGAAAAUGAGGAGAAAUUUUUGGUUUUCUUUUUUCUCUUUCCCCAUUUUAAUUCCACAUGGCCUCUUUCUUUUCCUUAUCACAAGCUGGUGGGAAACUUCAUUUGUUUCUUUCGUAUCAAACGACCGAGAUAAGUUGUUUUAACGAUUUAAUCGUCUGAAGGAUAAUGAUACAUCGCUCUUUCUUUCUCUUUGUCAUGCUAGUACCAAAUGCUCACAGUUUUAUUCAUGGAAUGAAGGUGGGUUAUUUUCGAGAAUUUGGGUCGAGAAAAAGGACGAUGCUAAGCUAGUUAUUUUGCCAUUUUAAAUUUCUCUGUUUAUCUCAUUGCAGAAGAAUCUGAUACAGACAGUGAAGAAUCCGAUGUCAGUGGAUCAGAUGGCGAUGAUACCUCUUGGAUCUCAUGGUUUUGCAACUUAAGGGGUAACGAGUUCUUUUGUGAGGUUGAUGAUGAUUACAUCCAGGAUGAUUUUAAUCUCUGUGGGUUGAGCAGUCAAGUUCCAUACUAUGAUUAUGCUCUUGACUUGAUUUUGGAUGUGGAGUCAUCUCAUGGUAAGCUUUAGUUUCGGUACUUUAUUUCCUACGUAUUUUAGGUUAUUUAACUUUGAUAUGUCUCACAUCUUUAGAUAAGCAUUUGACAUAUGAAACAUCACUGUUGAGCUAACCAGUAAUGAACAAAAACCUUUAGUUUUUGUUACUUUGCACGACAAUUAGUUGUCCUGAAAUUAAAAUCCCCACUGGAAUUACCAGAAUAUUGGGGUAACAAAACCCCACUCAGAAUUAUCUGAUCUGCUUAAUUAUGAAUUGGUCCUGUCAAACUCUGUUUUGAUUGGGAAAUUAGAAAUGGCUGUGCAAGCUCAUUUAUGGAAGCUAGCUUCGUUUUGGCAUAUGACAGGGCAUGAUCCCGAAAGUGCUUUUCGUUUCUCAAGAUAAAGGUGGUUUUUCUAUGAUCAAAUCAACAUGGCUCUUUGCUUGCGUGGGCUUAAUAAUGUUGGGUGCCUCUUGGUUACGGCUAUGGAUGUAAUUGUUAUCAGCAAAUAGAAGUUGCUGAAAAUUGAGUCUUUUUGCAACUCUAGAAGACUAUUCGUGACAAGGAUUAGUCUGUUGGUUGAUAUCCUCUUCAGCUCUGGUCAGCAUCAUUACCUAGGCCAUUUUUCUCCUGAAAGAAAAUUGGAUCAUGUCCGAAUUUGUCGUUUUUGUGCUGAUUGGUGGUUUACACCGCUCAGUCCCAAAUUCAUGAUCAGUUUCGAGACCUAAAAUGGAUUUAAGUCUGGUGUUUAGAAGUCAUCUUGAGUUUGGUUUAUGCUUACUUUGUCCUUUCUACCACGUGGUUGAACAAGCUUUUGUCAUGAAUUCAGUGCACAACGCCAUCAUAUUUACAUUAAGAGACUGGUCUGUUGAUGAGACGGUGUAUUUUGCUGUAAAUUCGUAUGGAUACAAAAUUACCGGAAAAAUAUCGUUUUAUUCCCAUCAACAAAGAGGACCUUUGAGAAUCUGCCAGUAUCAAAAUCUCCUGUUUAUCUUAAUGAUGGAAUUUGCAACUUUUGGACGUUUAAUAAACGAAAAGCAGACCAGUGACAUAUUGGACUCUAUAUUGUUUUCCCAACCACUCUGAUUUUGUCUCCAAUUAUGUCCUCUGGGACCCUGUGCACUUUCCUGUUACAAGGGGGCAUUGGAUGGCUUAAGUUUGGAGGGAGAUUUUGUGUAUUGACAUCUCUUGUUCUUCUCCUCAGGAGACAUGGUGCUGUAGCUUGCUACCUGAGAGGGUACCCUGUGUGCUUCCACAAUGAGACAUUUUACAUCGCAUUUAUCAACUAGUUUUGAAUUAGUUGUAAUAGCCUAGCUGAGAUAUAUAAGCUUUAUUAAAUGUUACCAAAGGCUACCCAUGGCAUUGGGAGGAUUAAAUUAAAAGAUUUAAUGUGGAGGAUCACAUUUUCUUUAUUAGAGCGUACCUUUCGAUAAUAACAAAUGAACUUACCAUCAUAAUCCAGCCUUCUGGGAGUCAGUGAAUAAAUACGCAAUUUCUAACUCUCAAUGGAUUCAUCUCUUCUUUUGUGGCAUUUUUUAUAUAAAAAAAUUGCGCUAAACAUGUUAUUUUUUCCUCAGGUUAUAUAACCUGCGUACUUAAUUCAUAUUUUCAUGUGUUUACGAUCAGGGGAUAUGUUUACUGAGGAGCAAAAUGAGUUGGUUGAGUCAGCUGCAGAGAUGCUGUAUGGUCUUAUUCACGUCCGGUACAUAUUAACCAGUAAAGGGAUGGCAGCAAUGGUGAGGCUUUUCAUCAGUCUAUCCUUUUUAAUUAAGUUCCGCCAUGCUUCACCCAUAAGUUUAUGAUGCAUAUUCAAAACCCCUGCAGCUGGAUAAAUAUAAAAGCUACGAUUUUGGAAGAUGCCCCCGAGUCUAUUGCUGUGGGCAGCCUUGUCUUCCUGUCGGCCAGUCGGACAUACCACGAUCUAGUACCGUGAAGAUCUAUUGUCCAAAAUGUGAAGACAUUUACUACCCAAGAUCGAAGUACCAAGGCAGUAUCCUUGCACAUUACAAAAUCAAUAUAAUUACUGACUCUUUCUAUUUUCUUUCUAUUUUUAUCACCAUGAUCAUAUUGCCUGCUGGUUAUUAUACUUUCUGAUGUUUUAAUAGAGUUUAGUAUCUGAGAGCAUUGUUUGGUUAUGAAUCUUGAACAUUGGGUCGAUGAACAUGUUUGUGAGUAUACAGGUAGGGAGGGAGGGAGGGAGGGAGGUGACGGCAUGUUUGAGUAUGCUGUCACCUACCUCAAAAUGGAAGGGGUUCAUCCAAUAAAGCAUGGAAAAUAUCCUUUUUUUAUGAAAACUAUUAUGGGUAGUGUGGUAGAUCUCGAGCUUAAGGGUAGAAAUGGGAUUAGAGAUCAGAUGUUGUAGUUUUUUGGAGAUGGUGGCUCCUCAUGGUACUUACCAUAAGCAUGAUAAAUAUCCUGGGUUGGUAAAAUAAUUAUGGGUGGUAGAAGAGAAGAUCUCAUACCUUUGAUCUGACACGGAGAUCAAAUGAUGUGGUUUUUGGAAGUAAUGGCCUCUCUUCCAAAGUCACUUAAUUAUAGUAAUCGAUGCUACUGAUUCAUACCAUCAGUGAAGUUACAAGAAUUUGUCUCUGGAUCUCAUCCGUGGAAGAGAAAAAUUAUAGAAUAUCUGAAUUUAUAUGAAAGUUACUAAUAACCUUGACGUUCUGAGAACUUCGAUUUGGGAUUGUAUACUGAAUAACUUCAUAGUGCAAGGAUGAUCUUUGGAUUCUUGUUCCCGAAAGAGAAAAAAUAUGGAAGAUAUGUACAAGGUACCAAUAACCCUGAAUAUCUACCAAUUUUAUUUCAUAAAGCUUCGAUUUUAGAUUGUGUGGAACAAUUUCGUACAUGAAUUUAUGCUAAAUCUGAAAAAGAAUAUCAUGAAACUACCGCAUAUCCUUCUAUAAAACUACAGCGUUUCAUCUCCAGAUUCUCAUCCUGGAAUGAAAUAGCAUAUACAGAAUAUCUCAAUUCUCUACUCGAGCAACACCCUCUGAUGAACCAUGACUCUGGAAAAGUUUUGAUGUAUUAUCUUUUACUUUGGAUGGUUCAUCUCCGGAUUCUCAUCCUGGAAUGAAAAAGCAUAGAGAAUAUCCAACUUCUGUACUCGAGCAAACACCCUCCGAUGAACCAUAAAUCUGGAAAAGUUUUGAUGUUUGAUCUCUGGAUUCUCAUCCUGGAAUGAAAAAGUAUACAGAAUAUCUCAAGUUUUUACUCGAGCAACACCCUCUGAUGAACCCUAAAUCUGGAAAAAAAACUAUGUAUUAGCUUUUAUUUUAGAUGUUCCAUCUCCGGAUUCUCAUCCUGGAAUGAAAAAAGCAUAGAAUAUCUAAAUUCUCUACUCGAGAAACACCCUAAAUCUGGAAUUUUUUUGGUGUAUAACUUUUAUUUUUUUAGAUUGCAUGCCGAAUAAAAUAUUAUUUUGGUCGGUUGAUAGAAACUGGGGGAUCAGAGAUUAUGUGAUCUUUCUUUGACUCGUAAUCAGACGUGGAUGGAGCUUAUUUCGGCACGACAUUUCCCCACCUGUUCCUGAUGACUUACGGGCACCUCAAGCCCCAGAAGCCGUGCCAGAGCUACGUCCCCAGGGUGUUCGGCUUCAAGCUCCACAAGCCCUGA